AUGUCGCGCAGACUUAUCUUCAGCGCCGUUGCGCUCGCCGGUAGCUCUGUUGUGAUGUACACCAUCUAUCUUCACCGCACAUUAUCGAGCAAAAUCAAGCACAGAGCGGGAAUCGGCCUUGUCAAUGUCGAGGAUGAGAGCGACACAAAAAUCGAGUCCUUGCCUCCUGAACUGGCGAAUCCGUCCAGAUUUCAUAUCAUUCAUGAUGUGGCUUCUAAAAGCGUGCCCUCGGCAAGACUCCCGAGAUACGCAGACCCCGAUCACUUGUUGACAAAGUAUUUACGGCGGACCAUGUCAUAUUUUACCAGAUUUCCCCAGGCACUCCUCCUCCGGCUAGUGUUCAAGUCAGCUGAAGCCAAGAGGACGUUUGAUCCUUCCUUCAUUCAAACCAUGGACUUUGUUCCUGAAGACAUCGUCUGCGGAACUUAUCGAGUGGAAAUUCGGACGCCGAACAAGGUGGAGUUUGCGAUGAUACGCCCGGAAGGACUUCCUCCUAUUGAUGGAAGACUGGUGAUUAGCAUACAACCAAAGGGGGACCAGACACUGUUCGUGAGUGAAACAAUGCAAUGGCGACGCCAGGAAGAAAAUGUGGUGUUGCCGUUGGAGAUGAAGUCGAUGAAGUGGUUACACGAAUUGGCUAGUUGGUGGUUGAUUGAGUCUGGAUCACAAUGGUUGUGCGACUUGCAGGAGGAAAGUUGA